UAUGCGUAUAAAAAAACCACCGCACACCCCAAAAACAUAUAUGUUUGCAGUCAUGAACAACAUGGAAUAUCGCAGGAGAUCAAGGGAUCAGAUGGGCGGCAGAUCGAAGUCGGAAGUUCUUUGCAGGAAGCACCCAAAACACCGGCAAUCACCAGGCGUUUGCUCCAUUUGUCUGAGGGAAAGACUCUCUCAGCUCUCCACCAGCUCACGCAGUGCCUCCACCACCGUGGCUUCUGCUUCUUCAUCCUCUUCUCUGUCCUCUUAUUCCUCCCAUUAUUCUUCUUCGGAGGCUUCUUCUUGUUCGUCUCCCAUGCAGCGUUAUCGCUUUGAUUCCGAUGCAAAAGGCUCCUUCUCUUUCUUGUUAAGUGGGAAAAACAUGCUCACCAAGAGCAGAUCAGUGGCUUUUGUUACGCGCAUGCGAGCUGGGGAUGCAAGCCAACGUAACAAGAAAAGCGGGUUUUGGUCGAAGCUGCUUCGUCCCAGGGCUAAGAGAACAGAAGAGGUUUUGGUGUACUCAAGGACGGUGAGAGAAAGGGUAGGAAUUGGCGCUACCAGGAUUCGAUAGGGCAGAUUCCUCAAAAACAAAAAUUUUCAUUUUCCAUUUUUUUGAUAGAUGAAGGUGCAACCAUUAGAUUUACAACACAACAGGAAAGUAAAAUUUAGUUCAAUCUCCAAAGUAUUGGAAUAAAAAAGUGAGACAGUGUGUUGUUUGUGUGUAUAUACAUAAUUGUUACGUUUGUGUAUUGAUCCCUCUUGGGGGUUACAUGAAAGGAAAGGAAAAAAAAAAAAGCUCCUUGAUUGA